AAUCCAACAGACAACAUUAAAAUACAAUGGAAAAACAAUGAAACUGAGCCAAGUAUCAUCACCUCAGAACUGAUUUUCACACGUGUGUCCAUGGGAGAUGCUGGUCUGUACAGAAAAUGUUAACCAGUGUGCUGUGGAGAUUCUGAAACGAUGGAACACGGUGAUAUUGGCUGUGGAAAAGUCCGCAGUGACACUGAACUGUCCAGUGAAGCACUGUGGAGGGACACCAACACUUACAUGGUGUAAAAUGAAAACCACGCUCUACUGCAUGACUGUCACAGAGACAGACAAGAUUAAAAUAGAAUGGAAAAGAGACAAAACAGAUCCAGACAUCAGCACCUCACGGCUGGUUUUUAAACAUAUAUCCAUGGAAGAUGCUGGUCUGUACAGGUGUGAUGUUUCUGGAAGUGCGCCCCCUGUCGGCCAUUGCAUUAACAUCACUGUUACAGUGCUGCCUGCAUACGGCCCACGGAGUGAGCUUGUCGCUGUGCUGGAUUCACAGCUUCAUACUCCAACCAGACUGAAGCAGAAUCAACUUCAUUCAUCAGUUUUGCAUUUGGCUACAGUCAGUGUCACUACUGGUA